CAAAUAAUCUUUAAUCGCAUGUUGAUUGAUCCUGAAGAACAACAAUAUUACACAUUGGCUGGAAAAUGGUUAAGUGAUUCUGUUCAAGUUUUUGAAUCUGACGAUGUCGAGUUCGUGACUUUAAAUCUUAAACUUCGAUUGUCCGGUGGCAAAGGUGGGUUUGGGUCGAUGCUUAGGGCACAAGGUGGUAAAAUGGCCAGCCAAAAGACGACUAAUUUUGAGGCAUGUCGUGACUUGAACGUUAACAACAAUUAUAGAUUGGCCGACCAUCUUGAACAAGAACCAGAGAGACAACGCGCUCGUAAGGAAAGAGUACUAAAAAAAAUCGAAGAAGGAAUGGCUGAACAUCCAACAAAAAAAAUACGUUUUGAUGAUACUGAAUAUCUUAAAGCUAGCGAAGAAAUGAAAGAGAAAAUACAUGUUGCAGUAUUUGAAGUUGACACAAAUCUUCGUUACUUUAGGGAUGUUGUUGAAAGUGGUUCUGAUAGUAGCGAUGAUGAUGUAUCCGAUACUGAUAGUGGCGAUUAA